CGCCGUGGCACGACGUACGUUCGGAUACUAGUGAUACUUCGAACCGGCACCGGAACUAAAUACUAGUGAAAUACUGAAAAAUACUCUAUUGUUGUUCAGUGAAGUUCGUGAAGGAGUAUUUUAGUGCUUGUGGAAAAAUGAACAUAAUAUGGUGCGUGGUGGGGUUGCUAGCAGUGCUCUGCUCUCCAGCCAGCGGCCACGGUCGCCUCACUGAGCCCCCCUCCCGCGCCACCGCGUGGCGGUUCGGCUUCGACACCCCCCACAACUACAACGACCACGAGCUGUACUGCGGCGGCUUCACGCGGCAGUGGAAGAAGAACGAGGGGAAGUGCGGGGUCUGCGGGGACGCCUGGGACUCCCCCGUGCCCCGCGCCCACGAGCUCGGCGGACGCUUCGGGAAAGGCGUCAUCGUACGAAGAUACGCCCCUCAAGACCCCAUCACAAUCAAAGUUGAACUAACCGCCAAUCAUUACGGCUUCUUCGAAUUCAGAGUCUGCGAGGAACCCAAAGCCACCACCCAGGAAUGCUUAGACAAAAACGUCCUAAAAAUCGACGGGAGAGACGGCACCAAAUACUACCCGCGCGACGGAAAUAAAGUUUACGAGAUGAAGUACCGCUUGCCAGAGGGCCUGGAAUGCGCGCACUGCGUGUUGCAAUGGCGGUAUAUAGCCGGAAAUAACUGGGGUACCUGUGAGAACGGGACCGGGGCAGUGGGUUGCGGGCCGCAGGAGGAAUUCAGAGCUUGCGCGGACAUCGCUAUUGGAGAUCGCUUCGUGACUACUACAAGAAGGCCGAGACCGAGCUACGUGCCGCCUGGCAGACGGCCAACCGUGCCAGUGCCAGAAGAAAGCACGUCCAGCAGCGCGUGGUACGGCGUCGUCGUGGCGGUCGUCGCGCUGCUUGUCGCUGUGUCCGUCCUCGCCGGCUUCUACCUGUACUACUACAGAGGAGGCAUGAGAAUCAAAAGCUUCUUGAAGAAAACCCCCCCGCCCGCGCCUGUCCCGCCCCCGCGACACAAGCGAUCUUCCCUUUCGAGAGAACACCCACCAGAACUGACCACACCUAAAGUAGCCACGAUCUCCGACUCGGGCUUCGAGACAGUAGAUCUCAGAGCGAAGUAGACUUAAAAUUAUUACCUAACACUGCCUUUAAUAGUGAUAUUUUUAGUGUGAGUGACUGUGUGAAUAAGACUAUGGUUCAAAGUGAAUCUGUGAAGAAAUGAGAUUUUGAUACAAUUCUGAUCACUGUCGUGGUUUCCAUGUUUACGUGGAAAUCUGAUGGUUAUUACUGGUUUUAUUAAAACUUGACCAUAAAUACGCCAAUACGACAUACGCCAAUAAAGUACCAUAUGUAUUUCCGUUGCGUUAUAUAUUCUCAGUCUAGGGUUUAAGAAAGUCAUUAAGAAAGGCUUGGUAAUAAUAAAAUAGCUAGGUAAAAGUCACUAAAAAUGUUAAGUGGAAAACACGUACCUAGAAGUUGAUAAAGUCAUAGUAAAUUUUGCCGUAUUUCUGGUCAAGUUAAACCGGUAACAGUAUUAGUGUUCGGUUUUGGACUGACGCCAUGGCAAAGGCUUAUAAAAUCACUUGUUAUUACACAUCAAUGCAGCUUUAGGUAGUCGUUAUAAGAAAUUGACUUGUAUUACUUUUUUCAAAUAUUGACUAAGUUGCGCCUUACGUAUAUGGUCCGAAUAACCCGUAGGUACCUAUUAAUUUUGCUCUUUUUAUUGAUCAACUCGUUUCGCUUGUCUGUUGUUAAAGUUGUAGUUGUAACAUAAAGACAUUUUACGUUCUUAUGCUCUUAGAAUUAGAGUCUAAGUUCAUUAAUCAAUAAGAAUGCAAUGACUAUACUAAAUGUUCGAUCGAGUAUAAGUAGUUUAAUAUAAAAACUGUGCCAACAAUGCAGCUGACCUUAUAUAGAUCAAGUGUUUUUAAAGCCUGCGCCACGGAGGCUAAAGUACUUGAUGUUAUGUUAAGUAAGUAUAGUUUUAAUUAGCUGACCUAAUUCAAUUUUUGUAAAUUAUAUUUAUGUUGUUAAAUUAAAUGAAUUUGGGUAU